AUUCACAGUUCGGCUAACUUCAAGGAGACACUGCCGCCUUCUCUCUGCCACCAUGUCUUUCAACUGCUCCACAAGAAAUUGCUCUUCCAGGCCAGUCGGAGGACGGUACACCGUCCCAGCCGGUCCAGUCGCCACAGCUUCAGCCCGCGAUGCAGACUGCCUGAGUGGCAUCUACUUGCCCAGUUCCUUCCAGACUGGUUCCUGGCUCCUGGACCAUUGUCAGGAGUCAUGCUGUGAGCCCACGGUCUGCCAGCCAACAUGCUACCAGAGAACUUCUUGUAUCUCCACCCCUGUCCAGGUAACUUGCAAUCGACAGACUACCUGUGUCUCCAAUCCCUGCUCAACUCCCUGUAGCCGGCCACUCACUUUUGUGUCCAGUGGCUGUCAGUCUUUGGGAGGCAUUUCCAGCUCUUGCCAACCCGUGGGAGGCAUCUCUACCACUUGCCAACCCGUGGGAGGCAUCUCUACUGCCUGCCAACCCGUGGGAGGCAUCUCGACUGUCUGCCAACCAGUGGGAGGCAUCUCUACUGUCUGCCAACCAACCUGUGGAGUCACCAGGACAUACCAGCAGUCCUGUUCAUCCAGCUACCGAAGAACUUGCUAAGUGCGUAGGAGCCCGUGUUCCAGGGGAGUCUCCAUGUUCUGCCAGCUGCGUUUCCAGGAUCUUCCUGUAUGCCUGACUACUUCAUCACUGACCGUUAUUGACUGCCCAGUUGCUGGCUGCUAGCUACGCACGGGCUGCCUUUGACACUCUAAAAUGUUCCUUACCAGCACAGAUUAACUUGAAGGUUUGAUUUCUGGUGCUGUGUAAGCUUCUUGAUGUUUCCAAAGGCUUUGCCACCCUCAGUCCAAUCUGAGGUCUCGUGAUGCUUCCAGAGGCUCUAAUGCCAACAGCGCACGCCUUCACCUUGCUCCUGUAUCUCCUGGCUUCUGCUUCUGUGUCUCUAAUAAAAGGGAGCUUGUCGCUCUGUGUAUUUCUCAAUAAACUUGCAUUAGUUGGCAUUGCAA